AUGAAAUUCCUGUUGGGUUCUCAGAUUCUGCUGCGGCCCCUCACGAACAAGCAGAGGCUGCAAUCUCAAUGCCAAUCCCAAGGUUCGGGGAGUGCUUGGCUGGGCUUUCGUACGCAGGUUGUGUUUUUACCUCCUAUCCUUCCGCGAAGGAGGAGAUGCUUGGUGGUAAAAGCGGCUUCUGCGGCUGAGGGAGGUUCUAGAAGGCCCGCCAGUGCUCGGAGAGUGUAUAGAGAAUCACAGAGCGCGAGCUCAUUGCCUGUUGCUCCAGUCAAGCAGCUCGCUUCCUUCGUCGUUCCUGCCGCCUCAUUCUUUGCCGUCACUUUCGUUUUGUGGAAAUUGGUGGAGAAAAUCCUUGUUCCAAAGCGGCAGAAGACUUCAUCUGUUGAAAACAAAACGCCUGCCGAAGGAAUGAAGUGGUCUUUUGCCGCCGGUUCAAAUUUGCUUACAGGUUUUGGUGCAAAGAUUGAGAGAGAGUCCAAGCUGAAGCUCAAUGAUUUCGCCAAGGAACUUAGGUCAUUCAGAAGUGUCGACUUGUCAGGGCAUAAUUUUGGAGAUGAAGGAUUAUUUUUUCUUUCUGUGAGUUUGGGUUACAAUCAGACUGCUGAAGAAGUGAGUUUUGCUGCAAAUGGAAUAACUGGAACUGGAAUGAAAGCUUUUGAUGGUGUUCUUCAAUCUAACAUUAUGUUAAAGACUCUUAAUCUUUCUGGAAACCCCAUUGGAGAUGAAGGCGUUAAGUGCCUAUGUGAUAUAUUGGUGAAUAAUGAUGGUAUUCAAAAGCUCCAGCUCAACAGUACUGACUUAGGAGAUGAGGGUGCAAAGGCUAUUGCAGAAAUGUUGAAGAAUAAUUCAAGCUUGCGUGCUCUUGAACUUAACAACAAUAUGAUCGACUACUCUGGAUUUACAAGUCUUGCUGGAGCUCUUGUUGAGAACAACACAAUACGGAAUAUACAUCUGAAUGGCAAUUAUGGUGGUGCCCUGGGGGCCAAUGCUUUAGCGAAAGGACUUGAGGGGAACAAGUCUUUAAGGGAACUUCAUUUGCAUGGAAAUUCUAUUGGAGAUGAAGGAGUGGCUGCUUUGAUGUCAGGUUUAUCAUUACAUAAAGGUAAACUUACACUUCUAGAUAUUGGAAACAACUCUUUUAGUGCAAAAGGCGCCUUUCAUGUUGGUGGAUAUGUCAAAAAGACCAAGAGCUUGUUAUGGUUGAACGUUUACAUGAAUGAUAUAGGUGAUGAGGGAGCUGAAAACAUUGCAGAUGCUUUGAAGCAAAACCGGACAAUAACAACCAUAGACCUGGGAGGAAAUAACAUCCAUGCCAAAGGAGUCACUGCCAUAGCUGAAGCGUUGAAAGAUAAUUCUGUCAUUACAUUUUUGGAGCUUGGUUAUAAUCCCAUGGGACCUGAUGGGGUGAAGGCUUUAUCCGAAGUUCUGAAGUUUCACGGAAACAUAGAAACCCUUAAGCUUGGCUGGUGCCAGAUUGGUGCAAAGGGUGCAGAGUUCAUUGCAGAUAUGUUAAAAUAUAAUACUACGAUACGUGUUCUGGACUUGCGGGCAAAUGGACUUCGAAAUGAAGGUGCAUCCUGCCUGGCCCGUAGCUUAAAAGUGGUUAAUGAAGCUUUAAGUUCAUUAGAUUUAGGGUUCAAUGAAAUCAGGGAUGACGGGGCGUUUGCAAUUGCUCAAGCACUGAAGGCCAAUGAAGAUGUGACAGUCACAUCUCUGAACCUUGCGAGUAAUUUCCUCACCAAAUUUGGGCAGAGUGCUUUGACAGAUGCAAGAGACCAUGAAGCAUGGGUAAGAACUCCAAUAUCCAAACUUGUGGUUGAAAAUUUUGAGUUCUUAUCGACUUCCACUUACUGA